AACUAGUUAAAUAACUAGGCGACGAGCUGGGGUUGUAAUUUGGAGGUUUCAGUGCCAUCGGACGGCCGAUUAGUCUUCGAAUUCCGGCGAAUCGACAGAGAAGAUUGCUGCUCUAGCUAAUACAUAAUGAAACGAACGAUGCCAUGGAAUUAUGAUGAUAGCGAUUCUUCGUCCGAUGAGUCUUCAAGUGGUGAUAGGGAUGCUUCUGUUAAUGAUCAAGAUCCGAAGAACAAAGGAUUACCUUGGCAUGGAACGGGUAUGGUUCUAGCUGAACUAAUGAAAGAUGGUAAUAGUUCGUCGUCAUCAUCGUUUUUCUCAUACGAGAAAUAUAUUGGCGCAAACCUAUCGGGUGAACGUCAUGGUCACAACCUAUAUACAUCUACGGCAACAUCGGUAACCUAUACUGCUGAUGACGUACGAUUUAUAAUCGACCAAUUCAAUGAAAUUGUUCAUCAGAAUAAUUUGAACCAACGGGCUCUGCUUGAGGCGUUUACAAAGGGAAAUCCUAGUGCCACUGUUCCAACUAUUUGUGAACUAAAACCCAUCGUAAUGCCGACACCACGAGAACCACCACAACAACCACCGCAGCAGACUGACAAUACUGGUGAUUACAAGUCAGACUCGAAGGAUAAUUAGAUAUGUUACUUUUAGUAUGCUUGUUUAGAUGUCAAGUACUUGGUAAGAUUAAAGGUAAAUCUUGUUUGCUAUCAAAUUUAUAGUUAACUACAAUUUCCUUUUGGGGUUAUUGUUGGUUUCUUG